ACCACAGAAGCUAGCUUGAUUUGGACGACAUGCCGCUAUUUGGUUAUGUGUACGAGCUAAGGAUGUUGAAAAUUUUGCUUCCUUUCUACCCCGCCAAGUGCCCCUCCUUCACCCCACUCCUCACAUGAAGCAACAGCAUCUUACCUAGUCUCUUCCUUUCCACAGCUUAGUAAAUUAAGACUAAGCCGAACAAAAAUGUGAGCAUUCAAGCCAGUCACAUGACUUGGCUUUGACCCGACAUUAGCCUGAAUACAUCUUGGAAGCUCCUUCUAUUUUUCUAGUUCGUUAAGAAGCUUUACUUGGAUGUUGACUUGCGAGGAUAAUCAGCUUGAACGGAAGAGCCGGGCUUCACUGCGCACCUUUCGAAUCCGGAAGCAGACAUGGCAUCCAGUCCCAAACGAACACUCCAAUGGGGAAUUCUCGGAACUGGAUGGGUCUCAACAAACUUCGUGAAAGACCUCGUUCUCUCACGUCGUUCGGCCCCGGUUGCGCACCUCAUCACCGCACUCGGCACAUCGUCAGAAGCGAAGGGCAGCGAGUUCGUCAACACGAUCUUCACUUCCAACCAAUCCAGACCCACCAUUUACACAGAUUACAAAUCUGUGUACGCUGACCCUAAUGUUGAUAUUGUGUACAUCGGCACCCCUCAUGUCUUCCACAAAGAGUCGUGCUUGGCUGCUAUUGCGGCUGGAAAACAUGUGCUGUGUGAGAAACCAAUGGCGAUUAACGAGAGAGAGGUGAACGAGAUGAUAGAUGCAGCGAACGAGAAGGGCGUGUUCCUGAUGGAAGCCGUUUGGACUCGCUUCUUCCCUUUGGUCCUUGAACUACAUCGCCUUCUCCACAAACAAAAAGUGAUUGGGGAUAUUUCGCGGAUGUUCUGUGAUUUCGCCCUUGAUAUCAAUAUUGCCUCCUUACCACCAACCCACCGCUUGAAGAACCUCGAGCUUGGUGGAGGAGCACUUCUUGAUCUUGGUGUCUACCCUCUCAUGUUCAGCAGCGUCGUACUUGAUGAGCAUGUAGGGUCCAAAGCUUCUGAUGCUGAGAUCACUAGCAGUCUGCUUGUGGUGGAUGGAGUUGACUAUGAUGAUGUCUUGGUGUUGAAAUAUCCUGAGAAUGGAAGAAUGGGGGUCUUGACUGCUUCUAUGAGGGGCAAGAGCGGAGAGAACUUCCUCCGGAUCGAGGGUAGCGGGGGCACAAUUGUUGUGUCGGGACCGGCGGCUUCUGUACCCAAGAAAAUAACGAUCUUUGCCAAAGGAGAAAAGGAAAAGGUUAUGGAAUUUGAACAUGAGGGAAUGGGAUUCUACUUCGAGGCAGACGCAGUUGCGGAGGAUAUUCUGUCUGGGAUGAAGGAGAAUAUAAUUAUGCCUCUGGCAGAGAGUUUGAGAAUGAUUCGGAUCAUGGAUGAGGUUCGGAAGGUUGGUGGGGUUGUCUAUACGCAAGACAGCAUGUAGACAUAGUGUAGAAUAAUCCAACAGUAUGAAAGACCUAUUUUAAAGAGGCUCAUCGCAGGGCACCCAGCUUCUCAGAAGCUGCUUCUGUUGCGUAUUCAAGGAUUGUUG